CACAGUAUUUGCGAGGUAAAGCCGGGACUGCCGGUCUUCCGCGCCUUGCUACGGCACUUUAGUGCGUGACGUGCGUGAGCAUGCACCUUGAUGUGCGACGUGCAGCUCAAAGCUCCAUCCAUCCGGCGGCCAAAAAUCGAAAUUGUGACGUCGCGAAAUUCGCUCCACAAGGCACGUUUUUCCAGAGCACUCACAGAUGCUUGAUGUAUAUAUCUCACAGUAGCCCGUCAAUGUAGGAUGCGCUAGCAUAAGCAAUUCGCAGAUCACCUGCGUCUUUGACUCCCACAGAUUGGUCAACAUGCUGAACCCAAUUGCCGCCUGUCUUGUCUUGUUGCUCUCUGCUACUUCGGUUACAGCACACAAUUAUGGGAACGUGAGCUCCAGCAUUGUACCGACGGUGACAGUUAAGAAUGGGUCAUACUAUGGACGCUACGAUCCCUCUUACGGGACUGAGAAUUUCUUGGGAAUGCCAUUUGCUCAGCCACCAGUGGGCAACUUUCGCUUCCGAGUGCCACAGUCGUUGAACACAUCCUGGAGUGGGGUGCGCAAUGCCACAGAAUUUGGAUAUGAAUGCAUCGGCUAUGGAGGUGAUACCGUAGCUGCGGGCAACAGAGUCUCGGAAGAUUGCUUGACGAUUAAUGUAAUCAAGACUCAUGGCAGCGGCAAUGACUUACCGGUUGUGGUCUGGAUUCAUGGUGGUGGACUCGUGAUGGGAGGUGCAGCUGAUCCACGCUACAAUCAAUCGUUCAUGGUUCAACAGGCUGCACUCGCAGGGACGCCUAUCCUAGCGGUCUCGAUCAAUUACCGACUCAGCGCAUGGGGCUUCAUCUAUGGCAAGGAGUUUCAGGAGAGUGGCAACACCAACCUGGGCUUUCGCGACCAGCGUUUGGCACUUCACUGGAUACAAGAGAACAUUGCGGCGUUUGGUGGGGACCCAAACAAGGUGACCAUUAUGGGCGAGAGCGCUGGGGGUUGGUCCGUUGGUGUCCAGCUUCUAGCAUACAACGGCCGAGACGACAAACUCUUCGCUAGAGCGAUCUCAGAAUCAGGUAGCAUCGGAUUUGUGGCGCCUUAUGGAACGUUUGAAUCUUGGGCACCAAUCAUUGCGAACAUCUCGGCCGGUGUGGGAUGCCAAAAUUCGACACAUCUCCUAGAUUGUCUUCGCGCGGUGCCGGUUCAACAACUGAACGCCGUGAUCAACAGCACGGCUACCGUAGGCGCGGUGUAUUUUGCUAACAUUGAUGGCGAUUUGGUGACCAAAGCGGCGGCAACCCAAUUGCAAGAAGGCAACUUUGUCCGCGUUCCUUUUCUUCUGGGGACGAACACCGACGAAGGGACUUCAUUUGGACCUAAAGGUGUCAAUACCUCGGAACAGUUUCUUGCCUAUGCGAGGAGUGGAACCAGAGCACUUCUGCUGGACAAUACAACCGCCAAUGACAUCGCCAUCCUGUACCCAGAUAUACCUGCCAUCGGAAUUCCAGCUACGAUCAAAGGUCGUGCCAGCUCGAGCUUAGGAUUGCAAUUCAAGCGCACUGCCGCGGUUGCUGGCGAUCUUAUCAUGCAAGCACCCCGGCGCCUGAUGUCGGAGGCUUGGGCGCGCUUCAACACUACCGCAUAUACCUAUCGAUUCAAUGUUGUGGUCAAUGGUGUCCCGUAUACCUCUGGGAGUCCACAUUUCCAGGAGGUUGCUUUUGUCUUCUACAAUACAAUGGGACUCGGCUAUCCCGCGACCGGCGUCCCAAACCCGUUGGGAGGUCCACAUGCCGAAACCUAUCGAAGAAUCUCGCGACUGAUGCUUCGAAUGUGGAUUUCUUUUGUUGUCUUUGCGGAUCCGAAUUACGGGCUCGACAAUGUUGUGGAGCCGUGGCCCCAGUACACACUCGAUGCUCCACAGAAUUACGUGUUUGAGCAGAAUAUGACCUCUCACGCGGAGGACGACGUUUGGCGAGCGGCAGCCAUUUACUACGUCAAUCGGCUCGCGGUUGCUCGCAGGGGCAGGAACUGCACCGGCAUCGCUGCUUGUGGGUCUUGAGUGCCCGGACUCUUGCUCACGAGCUCUUUGGUAUCGUCAUGCUUCCAAUGUAAUCAGGCAGAUGAUCAAUCGUUUUUUUCCGCAGCGCCUUCCCCUUUUGAGGCAACACAUGUCGAUACUGUUGUGAGUCCAUGCUUGCCUAUCGUCAUUUCUGGUUUGAUCCUUCCCUCACCCGACCAACAGCGGCAUUCCUUAGACAGCUGGGGACUCUCGCCUGCGGGAGGAGCGGAUGUUCCAGAUGCGUGCCUUCUCCAUUGCCUUUUGACAGUCUUCACCAAAAUGUAACAAACCUUGCGAUUCAAAGUUACCUAGCUGUAAAGAUCUCAUUUCCGCAGAGCUUCGGGGCGUGAGAUCUCCAGCGAUACCACUCGUUGUCUCCUGGACUUCCACGUGACAAAUUCGAUAUCAUCACAGGCGAGGAUCAGCUUUCAGAGAU